AGCACUGUUCUUGUUAGUGCAUGUGCUGAACUGUUUUCGGAAGGUCUGCCUCAUUGUUUUGUGUUUUGUUGGCGAGAAGAUUUAGUCCUCGUGUUGAUCUCUCUCACUUGAUGGAUUAGAGGAAAACCAGACAACUUUCUACUUCUGAAUUUGGAAACCUCAAAACUUGUAUCACAUGGACAAUAUGCAGUGUCAUUGGCUUCAUAGUGUGUAAUAUUGGAGACAGAGCAGGAAACAGCAGCAAUGCCUAUUCAGAAUAAUAGGGUGGCCAAUGAAGGGAGUGUGAACUCCCUGAAAGUGAGAGAGGAAUGCAUUGCUGUGGUGGAUGCGCUGAACAAGGUGGUCGCUUGCUACAGACACCUGGCACUCUCUGUUGGGGGAUCAUCAGACAGUAAACGCCUGCGUGAUGAAUUGAGACGCACCCGAGAAAAGGCCCAAGAGCUGGCUCUGAGCAACAGAAAUAAACUGACCACAGCUCUUCGAGACAAGCAGCUAAGCAAAGAACAUCGUCUGGAACUAGAACGCCUGUGGGUGCAGUUUUCCUGUUGCUUGGAGAUUUUUCACACCGAUAUGUGCAAAGUGUUUGAGCUGGGUCUCUAUGUUCCCCUCUCUCCAACUAAUCAGCCUGCAGUACAGACCGGAGCUUCAGGCAGUACUUCAGCUAUUGCCUCCAGGGCACUGAGUGUCCAGAACAUCAACUACAGUGACUCACCAACUAACAAAGAGAAACUGGAGCAUAAUGAGCUAGAAGGUGAAAUUCUGAAGGUGGAUGAGAUGAUCAGUGACAUGGAGUUGAAGGUUAAUGUCUUAAGGUGGACUGUAGAAGCCACAGCAAAUAUGAAUGAUGAGCUUGAGAGCAAUGAUGUCUCUUCAACGGCUUUACUCUCUGUGGAUGAAGGAGAUAGUCGCCGCCGCUGCUGCAAUGGACAAUUUAUUGUGUCUUUGAUUUUAUGCGGCGUUGCACUAGUAGCAGUUACUCUUUCUUCAGUGCUGUAAGUGUUAUGAAUCUCUGAUUAGUAUUAGUAUUGUGCAGUAUUUGUAAACCACUAUUUAUAUCAUUACAAUGAUAUUAAUAGAAUACAUGGAAUGUAUUUAAUAACAUUAGAAUUAUUUAAUUACAUUUAUUUGUUUGAGUGAAGAAAACAAAGUCACAUUCUAAAGUCUCAUUAUUUUGGACAACCAUUAGACAAUUAGUUUCUGCAGUGCUAUUAGAGGUUUUAAUGUAAAACUAAGCAGAAAGAGAAGUGUGUUUUUAGUAUUUGUGCCUCUUCUGUAAAAUUCUGAUCAAUUACGCUAUUACAUUUUUAAUUUACUCUUU